CGCCGGUCGCGUAGGUUGCUACGUUUGUGAAGCGUCGAGCGCAGCGCCCACAGACAUAAAACACAUUAGUUUCGAGUUCGAGUGCGGGGAGCGCAGUCAGUUGUUGCCGUUUGCCGCCAAUUGAUGGCCAGUAGCGGGUAACGAAACACGAAAAGUCGAGUCGAGUGUCGUUGAGUGUGUUUGUUUUCACCGCGAAAAGCACGCGGGUGUUUUGCGGCUAGUUCCGAGUGCAUUACUCAUUCUUUUUUUUCGGUUACUUGCAAGUGAACGUGAAUACCACCCCCUUCCCUAAAAAAAUAAGAAAAAGAAACCCCCUCCACCACCCCCGACCUUAAACCAAAAGGCGAUUAUAUUUGGAAAGCACUGCCGUGGAGUAACAAGAAGGGAGCAGAUCAACAUAAAGCGAGGUUAACUUUGGUAUCAUCGCAGACCAUUCACUGGCAGAAAAACUUGUGAAAUUUUAAAGGAUUCGAAAUAAAUAAUCAACCUUAGAGAUUGCUGGAAAGGCUGGGGCUGUUUUAACACUAAGGUGAGAACUCACUACUCCCCCUGAUUAUAUUGGUUGAUAUUCAUUGAUCUGGAAAAUAUACAAGUGUGUGUCCUUGCUAACCAUUCGUCAUGGUUUUUCAAUCUGAAUAUAUAAGUACCAAAAAUUAUAGAAGCAUCCAGAAGAAUACGUGAAGCGCAAAAGGAAGAAGGAAGGAUUUUAUUAUCAAACGAACCUGAUUGCCAGGUUCCUGUUAAAUGGGUGGAAAGAGCAGUGGUAGCAGCAGCCGAAGCAACACGGCUAUUUGCGAGCUUAGAGCCCACCACUGUCCGCCGGGACAUUAAUUAAUCACGGCCUUGUCAUUCGCAAGGAUCAAGGAGUGGCAAAGCACGCCGCUGCGAGAGGCACGCAGAGCGAAGGGUGCGGAAAUCAAAUUAACAGUGCGUCAAAAGGAUUAACCCUCGAAAGCCAGAGCAGGAGUUUAGAGCACGUAACGGAACGCGGUGAGGCGAGUAAACAUCCCCGGGAUCCAUCCACCACAUUUCAGGGUCAGGAGUUGGGAGUUUCGGAGUUUCGGAAGCUUCAAGCUCAGAGCUCUGAGCUUGGCGGUUGGAGUUCAUAGUUCGUUUGGAAGCACUUGGACCGUGUUGGCACGUGUUCGGUGGCUCGUCGUCGCAGAUUAGCGAGAAAUCCCGAUACAACAGCCGCAUCAGAAAGAACACACAAAUAAGAAACUACAACGAUGAUGAUGACGCAAACGGAAAGGAAUGGACGGUUGGGUAUCCUGGUCGUGGCAGUUUUAAUGGUUCUGCCCCAGGUGAUGUCCACAUCCGAUUGGAUGCAGAGCUGCGGGACAUGUCAUUGUCAUUGGAAUUCGGGCAAGAAGAGUGCCGAUUGCAAGAACAAGGCAUUGACCAAGAUCCCAAUGGACAUGAGUAAUGAGAUGCAAGUAUUGGACUUUGCCCACAACCAGAUACCCGAACUGCGACGCGAGGAGUUUCUGCUAGCCGGGCUACCGAAUGUUCACAAGGUCUAUUUGCGGAACUGCACUAUUCAGGAGGUGCAUCGCGAAGCCUUCAAGGGUCUGCACAUCCUGAUCGAACUAGACAUGUCCGGCAAUCGGAUACGGGAACUCCAUCCGGGCACUUUUGCUGGACUAGAGAAGCUGCGCAACGUGAUCAUCAAUAACAAUGAGAUCGAAGUGCUGCCCAAUCAUCUGUUCGUCAACUUGAGUUUCCUGUCGCGCAUCGAGUUCCGGAAUAAUCGAUUGCGUCAAGUGCAACUCCAUGUCUUCGCCGGCACUGUGGCGCUGAGCGCCAUCUCGCUGGAACAGAAUCGUUUAUCCCAUCUGCACAAGGAGACAUUCAAGGAUCUGCAGAAGCUUAUGCAUCUAUCCCUGCAGGGCAAUGCCUGGAAUUGUAGCUGCGAGCUGCAGGACUUCCGGGACUUUGCGAUCAACAAGCGUCUGUAUACACCGCCCACCGAUUGCCAAGAGCCGCCACAGUUGCGUGGCAAACUCUGGAGCGAAGUGCCCUCGGAGAACUUUGCCUGCCGGCCGCGCAUCCUGGGCUCCGUUCGUUCCUUUGUGGAAGCGAAUCAUGACAAUGUCACAUUACCCUGCCGCAUUGUCGGUAGUCCACGUCCGAAUGUCACCUGGGUGUACAACAAACGACCAUUGCAACAGUACGAUCCCCGAGUGCGUGUCCUAACUUCCGUGGAGCAGGUGCCGGAACAGCCAUCCCAAGUGCUGACAUCAGAGCUCCGAAUCGUUGGUGUAAGACCCUCGGACAAGGGUGCCUACACCUGUGUAGCCGACAAUCGAGGAGGACGAGCUGAGGCUGAGUUCCAGCUGCUCGUCAGCGGUGAUUAUUAUGGGGCAAUAGCCUCCUCCGAUGGCAUGGGAUCGGGCGGCAUGGGUGCCAUUGGAGCACCCACUAUUGAUCCACAGACGAAUGUCUUUCUCAUCAUCUGCCUGAUAACCACCACACUGCUGCUCCUGCUGAUCGUGGUGGUGUUGGUGUUAUUCUGGUACUGCCGACGCAUCAAGACUUAUCAGAAGGACACCACUAUGAUGAGCGGCGAUGGUCUGAUCUCCUCGAAGAUGGAUAAGACGCACAAUGGUUCCAUGCUAGAGGGCUCUGUGAUUAUGGAGAUGCAAAAGAGUCUGCUUAAUGAGGUUAAUCCCGUUGAGAAGCCACCGCGUCGCACGGACAUCGAGAGUGUUGAUGGCGGCGAUGAUGUACUUGAGAUCAAGAAGACGCUACUGGAUGAUACGGUUUAUGUGGCCAACCAUUCUCGUGACGAAGAAGCUCACUCGGUGGCUUUAUCGGAUACAACAACCACGCCGCGUUCUCGACACACCUACGUGGACGAUGCCUAUGCCAACAGUUUGCCACCGGAUUUACUUGCCUUUCCUGCCCGCGUGCCACCCUCAUCACCGUCGAUGCAAUCAUCGCAGUCCAAUAUACCCGACCAGGUGAUCUUUGGCAUCCGUUCGCCGCCCUCGUUGACCAGUCCGGUCUAUACGCACAUGACGCCGCACGGUAUUUAUGGCACCAAGACGAUGGCAGCUCCGCAUAACGGUUUCAUGACACUGCAACAUCCCAAGUCCCGGAACCUUGCCCUGAUCGCCACAGCCAACAGCAGUCGCCAGCAUCAGCACCAUCAUCUCCAGCAGCAGCAACAGCAACAACAACAGCAGCAGCAACAGCAUCCGCUGGCCACCACAUCGCCCUUCCUGCCCGCUCCCGUUGUCUACUCACCUGCUACGGGCGUGGUAAUGAAACAGGGCUACAUGACCAUACCUCGCAAGCCGCGAGCUCCCAGCUGGGCCCCCAGCACGUCCGGUGCCGCUGGUCACGGAACUAUCCAGUUGAGCGAGUUCCAGAGUCCCACCUCGCCAAAUCCCAGCGAGACGGGCACAGCUACCACAGCGGAACUGCAAGCAGAGCCCGUCUACGAUAAUUUGGGACUGCGCACAACCGCCGGUGGCAAUUCCACUCUCAAUCUGACCAAGAUCGCCGGCUCCCAGGCCAGUGGUCAGCAGUAUUCGAUGCGAGACCGGCCACUUCCGGCCACGCCAAGCCUGACAUCAGUGUCCUCGGCAACCAAUGCCAACAAGAUAUACGAGCCCAUACACGAGCUGAUCCAGCAGCAACAGCAAUUGCAACAGCAGCAGCAACAGCAGCGACUGGGCUCCUUGGACACGGAGCCCCUGUACGGCGUUAGGCAUCAGGGGAUCACGAUAUUGCCUGGUUCUAGCAUCAGUGGCGCUGGACUAGGACACGCUGCAUAUAUCUCACCUGUUCCGGCGUCAGCCGUAUCGCCAAGCCAUGCCGGCAGCAGUGGCGAUUCACCGAAGGCCGCCAAGAUCCCACCGCGCCCACCACCGAAGCCCAAGAAGAAGAUGUCCGUGACGACGACGCGCAGCGGUCAAGGCAGUACUAGCCAGCUAUUCGACGACGAGGGCGAGGAUGGCACCGAAGUCUAGUUUGGCAACCACGGCGAUCCCCAUCAGCUGGUGGUGGAGACUAUGAGAUGCAAUGUGUGAGAUAAGAUGAGAGAUGCCAUUGAUGGGAAGAAGGGGCAAGAAGCAGCUGAAGGAUGAGGAGUGCGUCCGUGGCAAGCUGUGCAGCUGUGGUAACUUUAUUGCGUGAGAAGAUGCGAUAGGCAGCCCCAGUCGACAACAAAAUACAACAUCAACAUCAAACAUCAACAUCAACAUCCGCUGUUGCGGCUUGUAAAAAUAGCCGCCAGAAGGAUUCUGUUCCGUGGUUCACGCCACUGCGUGACUUGUGUGCCAAACGACUGAUGUAGGUUUUAGUAAUUAACUCGAUGAACAUGCAACAAAAGAGAAACACAAAAACGAGGAUAUAUAAUCUUUAACGAGGAUCCAUUACAAAAAAAAAAACAAAAACAAAACAAAUACAUAGAGAGACUCCCAUCCGUUAGGGCGACAUAAGUCGCUUUUAGUACCAUCUAAUCCCAAAAUUCGUAUAAGCGGAGAUACGUAAAAACCCAAUUUUAAUACCACCUUUUUUUGUGUAGACUAUAGUUAGUUUGGUACAAAAUGCAUUAUUCGUAUAUAAAGAGACAUAUAUAUACACGCAAUUUUAAAACAUAUAUAUAUAUAUACAUAAACCUUUAAAAAACAAAAUAUCCUAUAAUGAAACAACAAAAACAAAAAAUAUACAAAAAGAAACUUUCAAAUCAUCGACAGUUUAUUUAAGCGCAAGAAAGAAAUAUUCUUUUUUUUCAAAAUUUUAUAAAAUUGUAAAUGUAAAAUGCAUAUUAUAUAAACUAUAUAUGUAUAAUCACAUUAAGCUAUAUAUUAAUGAAUACAUAUAUAUAUACUUAGAGCUUAAGGAAAACAAAUUGCAUCCUUAAUUUUUUUUUUUUUAUUUGUUUUACGGAAUGCCACCACGAAUCGGGAAUAAAAACUAAAUGAAAGUAUAUAUUUAUAGGGAGUAAGUUUGUUAAGUGCAUUAGCCGUAGGAUAAAGAGUUUGCAUUCGCAAUUAAAACAAUGAAUUAAAACUUCUAUGAUGUAUACAUAUAGUCUAGAGAGAAGGCGCGGCAGAAGAAGUACAGCUAUAAUAUUAACGAUUGUACUAGUUAUAAAAUAUAUAUAAAUCUAUAUAUAUAUAUAUAUAUAUAUAUAUAUAUAUAUAAAAUAAAUUUGUAUGUACAUGGACUCACGUAUGACAUUCUAGACAAGAAAAAAAUUAUACACCCGUAAUACAACAAAGAUGAAAAGAAAAGUUAUAAGCAUAGCUAAAGCUGGUACCCAAUGCCUGCUUAUUGUGUAUGUAUGAUGUACCAGUAUGUCUGAAAAUACACCUUGAAAAUUACCUUCACGCGACUCAUUUAAUAUCCGAAAAUGAAAAUAUAUACAUGGCAUUUAACAGCAAUCACUCUAACUACAUCAAAAACAAAAUAUAACAAAAAAAAAAACUAAAGUUUAAGUCAAAUGAGAAAUAUUGGAUAAUUCAGAAAGAUAGCAGCUAACUACAAUUAGUAGUUAAAAGUACAGUUGAGACCAGAUUUCCCUACCAUAUAUGUAUCCUACAAUAUCCUAUCAUACUGUACGAUAUUUCCCAAUUAAACUACAAUUUUUUUUAAUAUUUUAUUUAUAUUAAUUAUACUUUUAAUUUCCCGCACCAUAUAGGCAAUCGAUCUGCAUCUAAAUGCAUUUUUAUUUAAUAAAAAUGUAAUUUCAGGCACUGCCAAAACUACUUUAUAAUAGGACAAACGAUCUUAAUAAAACAAAACUAAAAAAUGAUGUAUUGUUUAAGGCAGGCCUGGAAAAUGUUCUGCGAUUUUAAAAAGCCAGUCCCUCAAAAAAGAAAUAUAUUAAUAGAAUUGUAAAGUACACAGCCCCAUACUUGCCCCUAGGAAAAGUCGAUUUGACAUAGGGAGCACCGAUUUGUUGGAAAGAUCAACCAUAUAAUCGUACACCUAAUCCAUACUUGGUUUUAAAAUAAGCAAAAGUAUUACAUAAAUAAUAAGUUACCUUACGUUUUUUUAUAUCGUGCUCGUUUAUUUUUUUGUAUUCAAUUAUUUACACUGUAAUUAUAUGUAGAAUUUUCUUUGAUACUUGGACAAACGCAGCAUAAUUAAUAAAAAAAUAUCUCGGUAAUACAAAACAUUUUGUAAACCCACAAAAGAAAUAUAAAUACAAAAAAAAAACAGAAUAACGUUGCGAACAAUUUGUUCAAAUUAGCUCAAAAUCAAAACAAUUAUAAUUAUAAAUUGUAAUCUAACUGUAAUUGAUAGAAGGGUUCUUAUAUAUACGUUUUUUUAUAAUUUUGCAUAAUUUGCCUAACAUAUAAAAUAUUGAAAUAAACUAUGAAUAAAAGGAAUCCAA